GAACAUUAAAGCACCAGCAGCAUGCACCUGGUAUUCUGUGUGAACAAAAAUGUCACUACUAAAGCACAAGAACUGUCAUCUCAUAUUAACACUGGCUGCAUUUUUUGGAGCAGAAAGUGCUAAUGAACAUUACACAGCCCGUUGGUCAAGAUGCAUCUACAGCUCCUUUGAUUUAAGCAAUAUGGUCUAUAUUGACAGCUUUUAUUUUAAUAAAUAUCUGUUCACACAGUUCAACAGCACAGUGGGAAGGUUUGUGGGGUUUAAUGAGUAUGGAAAAAGUGUUGCAGAGAAAUGGAACAACGACUCCUUUCUGCAGUCAGAGAUAGCAAGUGUUAAUACACAAUGCACAUUUCAUAUUAAACUCAGGGAAUCAAAAGUCCAUGAAAGAACAGUGAAACCGAAGGUUAAGCUCAGUUCAGUGACACAGACGGAUGGCAGUUACCCAGCUGUGUUGAUGUGCAGCGCAUAUGAAUUUUAUCCACAACACAUCAAAGUGUCCUGGCUGAGAGAUGGUGAAGUGAUGACCUCAGACGUGACCUCAGUUAUGGAGAUGGCUGAUGGAGACUGGUACUACCAGAUUCACUCUGAGCUGGCAUACGUCCCAAAACCGGGAGAGAAGAUCUCCUGUAUGGUGGAGCAUGCCAGCUCAACUCAACCUAUCAUCACAAACUGGGAUCCAUCUCUUCCUGAGUCUGAGAGGAAUAAAAUCAUUAUUGGUGUUGUUGUACUGGUGCUGGGAAUCAUCAUAGCGGCUGCUGGACUCAUUUACUACCGGAUGAAAUUAACAGGGAGGACAUUACGUCAUUAAUAAUGGUUACAAACCACCUCCUGUCACAAACACAGCAGGCACCUCUAUCCAUUUUAAUCAUCCUCAUCACUACUGCAAUCACUGCCCUGCAUAUAAGUGCACACCUUACUUUCACUUAUUGUCUGGUCUCAACUUUAGAAACAGACCUAAUACCUGCAAUACUCACCUAGCGAAUCUCCAGUUUUCCUGUGAGCGCCUAUGUUACUCCAGUGAUCUUUCCUAAUAUCUCCAGUAUUACUCAAGUGUCUCUCCAAGUCUUGUUAUCUACAUGUAUCUCCUGUGUUGCUUCUCAUCUCCUGUGAUCUCCUCCUUAUCUCCUCUACAAAAUAAGAAUGCUUACCCCUUAUCUGUAAGUUGUGCGCUCCUGCUGAGAGGUGUACCUGGUCUUCCUUCUGUAAUCACCAUGUCUUAUAACAAGGACUUUUAUAUUGUUAUCCUCAUUAAUGUAUGGCAUAUUGCUAUCGGUG